CAAAGUAUGGUUGGCACUUGGCAUUAGCCUAUGGUGGUUGAUGGAGCAUGGCUGAGCUCGAUAUUUUAAGAUUUUUUUUAUUCUGAGGGGGACCGAUUUUGUGAUGUUACCGCGUUUAAUGAAAUAAAAACUACAUAUUUUGCGAAAACGAAUGAUCGCCUUUCCGACCGCCAUGGGUUGUCACUGGGGAUUGCGCAAGCCGACAACUGUUGGUCUUCUUUGUGAUUUAUCGUCGCUCCGUAGCCCAGCCAUGAAUUUUGACGCAAGCGAAGAUGAUUCAGGCACAUUCAGCCAGAUUAUCAGUUCACUGAAGACCCAGAUUGCGGAUGCUCAGCUCGUAGUAGAUAAGCUUCGGAAAAAGACCACCACUGCUUCCUCCGCAGACGGAGACGAUUCAUCAGCGGGAAUGAGCUUCCUGGAACUGAAGAACCAUCUGAUGCUAAACUAUCUUCAGAACCUCGUACUUAUUAUGCUGAAAAAGGCCUCGGGAAUAUCCAUUGCCGACGACCCAGCUGUUGUGCGGAUUGUGGAGACACGGGCUGCUCUGGAAAAAAUGCGGCCGAUGGAAGUGAAGCUUAAAUACCACAUUGACAAACUGAUGAAAGCAGCCGUGGAUAGCCGUGCGGAUGAGUCGGAUCCGUCGCGUUAUAAACCUAAUCCAGACCAGCUCAUGAGUGCCUUUGGGGAAGCUGAAGAAGCAGCUGAAGAAACGGAUGACGAAGAGAUCGAGGAAGAAGCCGCACCGGAAACUUCGUCAAAGUCUCGUACCAGUGUUUAUGUUCCACCGAGAUUAGCGGCAGUGCCGUACAACGUGGACGAAAACCCUCGAGAUCGGGUGCAAAAGGAAGCCGAAAGAGCGAAGAAACGCGCUUUACACAGCACCAUUAUGCAGGAAUUACGACAGGAUUACUACGACGAACCGGAAGAAAUCCAUGAUCGCGAUAUCUAUCGGACGAAAGCAGAUAAAAGUGCCAAAGAGCGCGAAGAGUACGAAGAGAGGAAUAUGGUCCGGUUAAAUGUCAGCAAAAAGGAUAAAGCGCGCACGAAACGAAUGACCACGAUGGGAAGUCUAGCGCAUUUGGCGGAUUUUCAAGAUUUUCGCCCGAUGACUCGAAAUCAAGACAUGGAUGAUAUGGAGUUUGGUUCGAAGAACAAGAAAAGGAAGCAACCAUACAAGCGCAAAGGAAAAAAGACAAAGAAAGCCAAACAUUUCAAGAAGUGAUGAAAAACAGUCAUUUUUAUUGUAAUUAAGUUGUGUUGCUAUCCCGUUUGCAAAUGAGCUUGCUACACAGUACAUCCUUGUUUUUCGCUAACACAGAUGGCACUAUUAAAUAACAUUUAUUUAC